AUGGCCUCCCAUCCAGACGCCGACCUUCACCCCGUCGCCACAGGCCCGGCAAAAUCCAUCGUCGACGCCCACCAGAAAGAAGAACCCUUGAAACUCUACUCAGGCUGGUUCUGCCCUUUCGUCCAAAGAGUCUGGUCCAUUUUCGAAGAAAAGAAAAUCCCAUACCAAUACAUCGAAAACAAAUCGCAAUCCCUCCUCUCCCUCAACCCUCGCGGGCUCGUGCCCACCCUCCAAUUCUCUGACAAACCCCUCUUCGAAUCUACCGUCAUUUGCGAAUUUUUGGAGGAUGCCUACCCGGAAUCCACGCCGAAAUUCUUGCCUGAAGAUGUGUAUUUGCGAGCGAAGACUAGGCUUUGGAUUGAGUUCUUUUCGAGGAGCCUUGUUCCGGCUUUUCAUCGAUUUUUGCAGGUAACUAGGGUUAGCAACUUCGAAGAUAAGCAGUUAGAAUCGGAGACUAUAGAUAAAGACCUUAGCAAAGAAGACGAAGAUCUUAGUAGUAACGAGGAAGGGGAGGAGCCGACGUUGAUUGAUUUUGCGGUUGCGCCUUGGAUUGUGAGGUUGUGGGGUUCCGAUCAGUUCAAGGGGGGUUUGGGGAUUCCUGGGGAGGGAAAGGGGGGUAGGGAUGAGGUUGUUUGGGAGAGGUUGAGGAGGUGGAAGAUGGCGCUGGAGAAUAGGCCGAGUAUUCGUGAUACGACGUCGGAGAGGGAGUAUUAUUUGCCUAUUUAUCAGAGGUAUGCUGAGGAUCGUGCGCAGAGUGAGCUGGCGAAGAGUAUUCGGAAGGGUCAAGGUGUUGUGUAG